UCAUUGAAAUUGUCUCAAUGGUUUGAAUAAAAUUGUGCAAUUGUGGUCCGGCUUAAUAUUGAUAGAGCGCACAUGUCAAAGAGAACAUACUGAUACACAUACAAUUUUCGCAAAUUCGUUUUACCGUCCACACAUUCACUAAAUAGAUUAACAAACAAACCUUAAAUUCGAAAUAUACAAACGGUAUGUGUGUCUGUGUGUAUGAUACAGAAUAAAAAAAGACGAAUAAAAUCGUGAAUUUAAGUCACUUGUCAUACAGAGACAUACGUAAUGUUACGUGCUCGAGUUUGUGUGUGGGUAACACAAAUGUGAUUGGAAAAUUCACACACAUGUUACAAAAAUUAAAAAGUGUUUUUGCAUUGUGACCAAACUGUGUACAACGAAAUGAUUCGAAACAAGCGAGUAACGUAGGAGAAUAGGUAAAUACACAAAACCGUCCAACCAAAAUUGAGCACAUAUUUGUCAAGCAUUAUAUACCUUUUGUUCCGUCUGAUAAAAAAUUCACCUGAUUUUUAAUCUGGCAUACAAUAUAAACAUAACGAAAAUCAGUUGAAUCAAACAUCGAUCGAAUCGGCGAUUUGGAACCAUCUACAUCUUAACAAUGGAAGAAACUAAAGUCAAACGAAAAGAAAAUGAGUCAAUAUGAAGUCUGAGCAUCAUACAAUUCCGGUGAUUUGCGAUAACAAAAACAAGUAGAAAAUAAAUAGAAUUACAGUUGAACACUAAAAAAAUACACCGCCCAUACCGAAUUAUAAAUUUUUGUCAAAAGAAAAAAAAUUCAAAUACACCAUAAAAAAACCGCUUGGAUCAAAAAUGGCGCCAGUUUCACGAACAACAACCACACCACAUGAUAUUAUCAAUUGCAAAGAUUGUUUGCGAGUGCGUUUGGUACAAAUAAAAAAGCAUAGCAACAAUAAAACGGUAUUUGGCGCAAACGAUGAAAAUGAUUUUGAGAUUAACAUCCAUCAUGCCACAAUGCCAUGGUUUGGCAUGGACAUAGGUGGAACUUUAACCAAAUUGGUUUAUUUCGAACCGAAGGAUAUCACACCUGACGAGCUCGAUCAAGAAGCCGAAACACUGCGAAACAUUCGACGGUAUUUGACGAAAAAUUCAGCAUAUGGUAAAACUGGUUACCGAGAUAUACAUCUGCAGAUGGACGAUGUGCACAUUCGUGGACGACGCGGAUCGCUUCAUUUUAUUCGAUUUCCAACGUCUGAAAUGGGAAAUUUUCUUUCAUUGGCCAAAUCAAAAGGAAUGGCACAAUUAGUUACUACAGUUUGUGCAACUGGCGGCGGAGCAUUCAAAUUCGAACAGAAUUUCAAAGAUGAAGUAAACAUGAACUUAGCCAAAUUUGAUGAACUCGAUGUUCUUAUCAAGGGUAUUUUAUUUGCUGAAACACAUAAUCCAACCGAAUGUUAUUACUUCGAAAAUGCCAGUAAAAUAGAGUCGAGUGUAAAGAAGCGAUACGACUUUUCGCAACCUUAUCCAUUCAUUUUGGUGAACGUUGGUAGUGGCGUUUCCGUAUUGGCUGUUUAUGGACCAUCCAAUUAUAAACGCAUAUCAGGCACAAGUUUGGGAGGUGGUACAUUCUUGGGUUUGUGCUGCUUGUUAACUGGCUGUGAUACAUUUGAGGAAGCGAUACAGUUAGCAACAAAAGGUGAUCAUAAAAAUGUCGACAAAUUGAUACGAGACAUAUACGGUGGUGCCUAUGAACGAUUCAAUUUGCCCGCAGAUUUGGUUGCUUCGAGCUUUGGUCAAAUGAACGGAAAAGAUCGAAGAGCUAGUGUUUCAAAGGAAGACCUGGCAAAUGCAACGCUAGUAACAAUAACCAACAAUAUUGGUUCAAUAGCCAAAUUAUGCGCAAUGAAUCAAGAAAUUGAAAAGGUGGUAUUUGUUGGUAAUUUCUUACGUGUAAAUCCAAUUUCUAUGAAAUUAUUGGCCUAUGCAAUGGAUUAUUGGUCAAAUGGAACACUGAAAGCAUUGUUCCUAGAGCACGAAGGAUACUUUGGUGCAAUGGGUUGUUUAUUACAAUUUAAUGGCGAACUCAGCGAUAGUGAUGGUUCAUUUGUUGAAAAUGAAACAGCAUCGACGUCAUCAACCAGCCAAAAUCCAUCUAGUUCCGAUUAGAAUUUUAAUUAAUUGAUUGCCUAAACAUUCUAAUAGUUUUAUAAUAAAUAUAAUGCUGUACAUAAUAAUGGAGAAUGAAAUAAAAAUUAUAAAUUAGUUAUAUUUGUAGGAUAUAAGAGGGCACAAAGUUAACAGAAAUUGAGUAUAUCCAUUAUUUGUUGCAAUAAAUCGUUUUAGAGGAACAUAAUUAUCGAGAAGAAGAGAAAAAUUUCGAAUUUACCCAAGUGUAUAAUUUGUUAUUAUUUAUUCGACAUUUUAUUAAAUUUUUCUUUGUU